GUGUGACGCGCGCACAUGCGCCGCUUAUCAUCACAUCACAAUCAUGCAGUAGACACACAUCUACACUCACAUUUCAAGCAAACUUGUGUGUUUGUGUUUAUGACAGAGAUGCUGAACCAUGCGUAUAAUCAUGGAGAAGUGCGAUCUUCUGUCGGCAUGCAACUAAACAUUUCAUCGGAGUGAGUUAUAUAGAUUUGGAGAAGUACGUUAGUUGUGAAUGAAUGAUGCAAAAUGCAAGCUACACUGAAUACGGGUCAUGGAAAAUCUAGAAAAUUUCGCAGAUUGCAAGGAGACUGUGUCUCCACUAAACAAUUCAGGGUCUAUAAUGAACAGCACCGAGCCCCAUUGUGAUGGGAAAGCCAUGGGGUUUGUGCUGGUACACGCAGGGGCAGGGUAUCAUUCGGAAUCCAAAGCCAAGGAAUACAAGCAUGUGUGCAAGAGAGCUUGCCAGAAAGCAGUGGACCGACUCCGAGCUGGAGGAUUGGCACUGGAGGCUGUGACAGCAGCUCUUAUAGAGCUAGAGGACUCCCCAUUCACCAAUGCGGGUACCGGUUCCAACCUGAACCUUUCGGGUGAGAUCGAGUGUGAUGCCAGCAUCAUGGAUGGCAAAUCAUUAAAUUAUGGAGCUGUUGGUGCUUUGAGUGGAAUCAAAAACCCUGUGCUGGUGGCUAGAAGACUAUUGAGUGAAGCUCAGAAAGGAAAACUCUCGGCUGGCAGGAUCCCUCCCUGUUUCUUAGUGGGCAGAGGAGCAGAACAAUGGGCAAUCAGCCACGGUAUCCCAGCAUGCCUGACAGAUAAGAUGACCACCAAGUUCAGUUUGUCGGCCUACAAAAGGAACAAGAGGAAGAUGGAGCUUGCGGAGCAGGUGGAGACGAAGAGAAGACGACAAUCAAGUGGACGCGGGAAUGAUUUUGGCUGCUUGGAGCAUGUUGCGGACAUCAUGGUAGAAGGUGAGGAGAAUAAUUCGGCUUGUCUGGACACGGUUGGGGCGGUGGUGGUGGAUCGGGAAGGGAAUGUGGCCGCUGCCGUAUCCAGCGGGGGACUGGCAAUGAAACACCCGGGCCGGGUAGGACAGGCCGCUCAUUAUGGGUGUGGCUGCUGGGCUGAAAACGGUCGUGAUGUCAGUCUUUACUCUACAGCUGCGAGUACCUCAGGCUCUGGAGAGCACCUGAUUCGCACCAUUUUGGCCAGAGAAUGUUCGGCUGCCAUGCAGGCUGAGAACGCACACCAGGCUCUACUGGAGGCUAUGCAAAAUAAAUUCAUCAGCUCGCCGUUCCUGGCCGGUGAGGACUGUGUUCUGGGUGGGGUGAUCGUUCUGAGGUGCUGCACGUGUGGAGAAGCGCAGAAUUCUGAAGACAUCAAGGCUCUGCUUGUGGAGUUUCUGUGGAGCCACACUACAGAGAGCAUGUGUGUUGGAUACAUGUCGGCCCAGGACAGCAAAGCCAGGACUCGCAUAUCCAGACUUCCUCCUGGGGCGGUGGCAGGACAGUCGCUGGCAAUCGAAGGUGGAGUUUGUCGACUUGGAACGGGGAGCGACUGAAGUUGUGUGAAAUCACUCUCUAUUUCUGCAGCAAUAUGCCAGCACUAGGACCUUUGUAGCAAGGGCUUGGCAUUGUCACUGUAGGACACAAUUAUAAAUGGGGAAAAUGGUUGCAAUACGUCUUUACUUCCAUUGUUUGUCUUCUUUUUCUUUCUUGCACACAUAUAAUCAUUUUACAGUAUAAUUAUUUAUUCAAUUCUCCUAUAAAACCAGUUUGUUCCCCAUUAAUGUUACAUUCGAAGGUCGUCACCUGUUUUACUGUCACUUGAUAAGAGGGCCAAAGUCAGCAGUGAAGGACAUGCUAAGUGCACUUCAGGACUAGUGCCCUGCUCUGGUUUUAGUGGGCUUCCAAGAAACUUCUCAGCUUCUAGUAUGUGCUGGACAAGACUUGAUCUAGUCCUUCUUUUGGAAUAUGCACCGUCCUUUUGUAAAUAAGCUAUGGGAUGUUAAAACAGGGUGUCAUUAACGUUACUUAUGUUUUCGUACUUGACGUUUGAUAUUAGUUUUACUAUUACAUAUGUUUUAUAUAUAGCUGAGUAGGUUUAUUAGAUUUUACGUUGUGUGCUUGAAGUCUGGUUGAGUAUGUACGCAGCAUAGCUUACUGGAUUGAAUCCUUUUGAAAAUGAAAGGAGUCGCCUUUUUUUCAUUUAUAUUAAGCUAUAAGAGUUUAGUUAAAGAGUUGGACUAUUAGUAAAUCAAACUAUCUGCACUAUGUUUAAAACAGGUUCAUGAUUGAUGGUUUUGCCACAAGUUUGUUUGCAUUUAGAUCGCAGUAAGAGAUUCCAGCGAGACUAGAUGCACAUGCACUUUCGCCUAGCGUCUUACUUAUGUGCACUACUUUUACUAACUGCACUGCUUGUAAGUGUACUAAGCAAACUACAUGCCCAGUUCUCUUGAACGGGGCAUGAUGAGCAAUCCAAGUAUGCUUUUCUUUUGCAUACCUUUACUUCACUUGACCCUUGAAAGCUGCAUAGUGCACUUCUGUGCUUGAGCUGCAUUAACAGGUGAACAGCUUUGUGUUUUUUAAUGCAUAAUGUGUAGUGCUCAGGAGAUACAAGGGGACUGCAAAAAGCAAGCUUAAAAAGACUGUUAGUCCAUCUUUGAGAAUGCAAAAUAUAUUUGUAAGCAGAUAAAACAGAUCUGUAUUUUAUAACGGCAGAAGAAUGAGAGGAUGUCAAAAAUGUAUUUAAAAGUGACACUGCAUCAAAUAUGUUGAGGGUAUUUUUGACAAGGGGUAGUGUUUAGUGGAUUGAUGUUAUAGGCGAUCUUGAGGUUUAGAUCUUUGUUUUUAGUUAAAUCUCUUGCAGUACUAUAGAAAUAUGUAAUGCAUAUUUGCUUAUUUUAGUUUUACUUGACUUUUAUUAUGAAAUGUCUGUAAACGUUUGCAAAAGCAGAUUGUAAUAACCUCUUGCUCUUAUAAUGCUCAAUAAAACUGAGACAUGGUCAAUGUU